CACCCCACACCCCCAUUUACUUCUCUCCAAACACACCCCCACCCCCUCUCUCACUCCCAUCCUAAUUUAAUUUCCUCUCCUAGCUCCGCCGCCUCCAUCUCCGCCGCCGCCGGAAUCCAGCAGACAUGACGGAGAAGGAGUGCAGCAUCCACCAGGAGGAGCAGCAGAAGAAGAUCCAGCGGCUGUGCGGGUGCCUCUGCACCCUCCUCAUCCUCUUCCUCCCCGUCUUCCUCGUCACCUGGGCUGUUCUCCAGCCCCACAAACCCCACUUCGUCCUCCAAGACGCCACCAUCUACUCCUUCAACGUCUCCGCCCCCAACAUCUUCUCCACCACCCUCCAGGUGACGAUUUCGUCCCACAACGGGAACCGGCGGAUCGGAAUAUACUACGACCAGUUCAACGUCUACGCCACCUACCACGACCAGCAGAUCACGUACAACACCGUCAUCCCGCCGGUGUACCAGGGCCACAAGGACACGAACCUCUGGUCGCCGUUUCUCUACGGGAACAACGUCCCCAUAGCGCCGUUCAUCGGCCCCGACCUCCGGCAGGACCAGGACGCCGGCGCCGUCUGGAUCACCGUCAAGAUCUACGGCCGCGUGAAGUGGAGGGUGGGGACGUUCGUGUCCGGGCGGUACCACCUCCACGUCACCUGUCCGGCGUAUAUACCCUUCGGCAACUCCGCCAAAAACGGCGGAGUUGUGGUGGGAGACGCCGUGAAGUACCAGCUCUCUCGCAGCUGCGCCGUCAGCGUCUGAUUGUAACGGAGUUAAGCGUCGGUCGGUGGACAAGUAUAUGUUUUUCUUUUUUAUUUUAUUUACUCACCGUAUUAUUAUUGCUAUAGCGCUGUUUCGUUUUGUCAUAUUCUGGGAAUAUAUAUAAUUACUGUUACUUUGUAUAUUUGGCGAUGAAAAUGGAAGGGGGCGGUGGGUGGGCGAUACCAAAUUUUCAAUGAUGACCUGUAAUUCCAAAUAAUUGUACUUUGAUACU